AUGACAUCUGCUCCCACAAUUCUUGCAACUUGCAAGCAAACUCGGUUUCAUCUUCUAGAUGAUAACCCCUCACCCGAGAUAGAUGUGGAAGGCCUGGGCAUCGUGGUCACUUCAUCCACUUCUACCACAACUGAAGGCCCCUCCAAACUGAGAGCGAAGGGGAAAUCUAAGGCUUUGGCAGCUGGUCAAGAGCUUAUCUCUGAUGGUCAUCUUCGGCUCAAGGGAGGUGUUCAUUAUGGGUUGCUAGGACGGAAUGGAACUGGAAAGUCAACACUCUUACGAGCGAUGGCUGAGAAGCUCAUUCCUGGGAUUCCCCACGCGACUCGCAUUGCAAUUUUACAGCAGACAGAUGACCAGGAUGAAUGUGGGAGCACAUACGGCUUGAGAUUGGAUAAAUCUGUUCUGGAGUCAGUUCUCGGAAGUGACGAAGCCAGAAAUGAGGCUGUUCGGCUGGCAGACCUUCUAUCCAAGAGCUUCGAGACUGAAGAGCCAUCGAAGCCGGUGCAGGCCAUUCGCAACAUUCGACAUCAACAAGCAGAGAGGGGAUUAUUCCUUGCUCAUAAAAAUGCCCACUUGAAAAGUGGUGCAAGGGGUCUACAGGCGAGAAAAGACCUAAAGGCUGCUGAAUCCAAACUUGAAUCAACACAAGAGCUACUGAUCCAGGAAUUUGAUGUUAUUGAUGCCGAGACGGUCCAAAUAGAUACACAGGCUGCAGUUGAAAUGCUCCAGAAUUUGCAAUCCCAACUUGAAGACAUGAAAUUGGCUGAUAUCGAAAAGGAGGCACGCCAAAUAUUGCAGGGACUGGGAUUCAAAGAAGAAGCCAUGGAAAAGAAAGUCUCAACAUUGUCAGGGGGGUGGCGAAUGCGCUGCAUGCUUGCAUCCGUUCUGAUCCAAAAACCCGAUGUCAUGAUUCUUGACGAACCGACCAACUUCCUCGAUCUUCUAGGAGUAGUCUGGCUCGAGAAAUACCUCCAACGACUACGCGACAGUUCUCAUACCACAAUCCUUCUCGUCUCGCACGACCGAGACUUUAUCAACGCCGUCUGCGAAGAGAUUGUAAUUCUGCGGGAUCAAAAAUUGAACUAUUUCCGCGGAAACCUCGCCGCCUACGAGCAAGACUUCGAAGCACAGAAGCUAUAUCUGGGACGUAUGAAGGAGGCGCAAGAACGACAGGCUGCCCACAUGGAGGCCAGUAUCCGCGAGAAUAUUAAGAUAGGCAAGAAGACCAAUGACGAGAACAAGCUUCGACAGGCAAAAUCGCGACAAAAGAGAGUCGAGGAUCGAAUGGGACUCCAAGUUAGUGCGACUGGAGGCCGAUUUAAAUUGAAUCGUGAUCUGCCAGGAUACCAUGCCCACUGUCGGGCAGAAAUCGAAGUACCGACGGAUGAGCGAGGCGCAACAAUGAGUCUGCCCGAUGCGACUGAGCUAAGGUUCCCAGGACCACUGGUCUCUCUGGAGGGUAUCAAAUUCAGAUACAAGAAUGAUCACAUCAUUCUAGACGAUAUCAAUUUAGUGGUUCACAUUGGUGAUCGUGUUGGGAUAAUGGGUCUCAACGGGUCAGGGAAAACGACUCUUCUUCGCGUCUUAACUGGACAGCUCGUUCCAUCGAAAGGCAAAGUAUCGACUCAUUCACGGUUGAAAGUGGGUUAUUAUGGCCAGCAUUCGGUAGAGGAACUACAGGAACGUGGUCGAGGGGAGCCCAGUCUCACUGCACUCGGGUUAUUGAUGACGGAAACGGGCGAUGCUCUAAAUGAGGGAGCCGUUAGAGGACUUCUUUCAUCAAUGGGUCUACAAGGCCGCAUUGCGUCCGAUGUACCCGUGGCUAAACUGUCCGGUGGGCAGUUGGUUCGUCUCGCUCUAGCCCGGAUUGUUUGGAGUGCACCUCAGCUUCUCAUUCUCGAUGAGAUCACCACUCAUCUAGAUUAUCAUACUGUCACGGCGCUUGCCACGGCGCUGUCCUCCUUUAACGGGGCCAUCCUUCUCGUAUCUCACGAUCGAUUCUUAGUCCGGUCAGUUGUCGAAGGGAAGCGGGAUACGGAGCAUAAAUUAGAUGAUGAUUUUGAGGGAAUCGAAGAGGAAGAAACCAAAGAAAUCACUCGACGUCGAUCUGUCUAUGUGAUCAAGACGGGCAAGUUGAACGAGCAAUCGAACGGAGUGGAACAGUUCGAGCGAAGUCUGGUGAAGCGCGUACAAAAGAUGCUUUGA